AUGAUUGUGAUCAGAGGGAUGAGUGGCAAAGCACGAGCCUCGCCGGCGGCGGUGAAUAAUUCGCAAUUGGAUUAUCCUGAGCCAUAUCUGGGAAUCGCCAAGAGAGCUCGAUGGUUCUCCUCGGACAGGCAAGCUUGGACAUCGAGGAAUGGAUGGGCCGGCAGUGCUGUCGAUGCCGCCGCUGACUUCUUCACAGAAAUCGGCACAAUCACCUCAACCGCAAUCCCAUCCAAAACAGAAUCAGGUGGGUACCGUGUCGCUUUACGGGAUCCACAUCGUGUCGCUGGUGAUCGAGGGCCAGGAGAGCUGUGCCUCGCGCAGAUCAGCAACACCCUGCUGAAACAAUUCAGCUACAACGAGAUCCACAAUCGCCGAGUAGCGUUGGGCAUCACUUGCGUGCAGUGCACUCCGGUGCAGCUGGAGAUACUUCGUCGUGCCGGCGCGAUGCCGGUGUCAUCUCGUAGAUGCGGCAUGAUCACACGUAGAGAAGCGGAACGUCUCUGCAAGUCCUUCCUGGGCGACAACGCACCGCCUAGGUCAGUGGGGGAUGACGCUCGCAAUUAUUGUAGCCCUGAAAAUAUUUUACAAAACAUUGUUCCCUACUCAAGA